AAACAAAUUUAUUUCCUAUUGUUCGAUUCUUACCAGUUGAAUAAUACCGCGAGCAAAGUAUUAAUUUAAGACACCUUAUUGGUUCCGCCAUACUUUGUCGGCACCAAUAGGAUUACUGACAACGUUGUCCAGACUCUUAUUAUAGGGACUCUACAUACACGUCUUCACGCGCGCGCCGCCACGCUCGUCACCGGGCGCCGUGCGAAAUACAGUGCAGAACAGUGCAAUAGAAAUAUGGCGGGCGUUGACUUGCUUUCGUGCCGUCUCGCGCCGAACGAACGACGACAAUAGAAAGGAAGGUGAAGAGGAACUGGAGUGAUCUACCGCACCGUCGGCUGCUUCACACGGGCGUCCGGCACCCCUGAUGAGUCACGUGCUGUCACGUGCGGGAGAGUGCUCUGUUUCAUCGCGCGUCUUCAUCGCGCGCGCGUCGCCGGUAUUCCGGCAUUCCGUGAACCGGACCCUGUACUCGGCGACGACAUAACCGAAGACCGCAGAUGUGAUACCCCGCGCCUACGGCGGAGAGACACUUCUGACCGGUGAGGAGAGACACUUCCGCGUGCAUUCGCGCGUUUGCAAACCCCCGAGCCCUGCUACAAUCCAUUGACGAUGUCUAACCCAGACGAGGCAGACACUUGCAAGUUAGACUUGUAUCCAGAAAGUACACAGGAGACACAAGAGACCUAUUAUGAAGGUGCUACCAACGAAAGCUUCAAAAUCAAUGACGAGACUCAAAACACAAAUCUGAACGAGAGUCAAGAUUUUAAUCUCAUCGUGUCUGAGGGAGACGACAGCAUGGUGGAGCAGAAGAAGAAGAUGCAAAAUGAGAAGGAAUCUAAUCUCCAGAAAUCGGUCGAACGGAAGGAUUUGCAAACCCCAGAGCUAAGCCCAGAGACACCACAAAUGGCAGAUAAGAACGUAAAUUCGAACGAAAGCAAGGACGAGGCUGUUGAAAAGAAGGGAGAUGUGUCCGGCGAGUUGGAGAAGAAAGACGAUCAUUCUGACGAGGACGAGGAUGUCAUUCAGGGCACACCUCCGCAGAAUUACUCCCCGUCGUCCAGGAAGAUAAGUGGCGUCGAUGUUACGCCAUUCAGUCUGAAGCGCAAGAUCAGGACUGCCGACGAGCUACCGCUCGCCAAGAUGCUCAGAACGAAGGACGCGACGAACGUUGAGAAGCCGAGUGGCGAGGAGUCCUGCAACUCCGACGAUUCGUACCAGGAGCUGUUUAAAAACAUCGACAAGAACGUUGUAAUAGAAGAGACCCAGGAUCUGACCAACCCCGAGUUUACUCAGAACUCGCUGAAGAUUCCUGCCACUGAACACGCGGCAGACAAACCCGAGACUCAUACCGAGCAGAACGACAGUCAACGGGAUGAGACAGCCUUCUCUGAGAAAAACGACAAUUCGAAGACAAAACUGAUUAAUGAUAGCCCCUCUGUUGUCCUUAGAGAUUACAGCAGAGACGAUUCCCAGCUAAACGAGAGCACGACAGCGACAGUGGCCGACGAAAGCCUGAGCGUUUCUUCCGCGAAGCUGAGCGACAUCAGCGCGAACGACAGCACCAUUGUCAACAUAAAUUCUGUCAACGGAGACAGUUCUCAGCCAGGAGAUGAUCUGCCCGUUGAGAUAAAGGCGGACGUCGCCUCUGCAAGCGACGUAACAACCGACGAGGCGUCUGGGACUGGAACGAAGUCAGUAAAGGAUAUAAAAAUAUCCGACAAAAAGAAUGAGGUGGAGAAAUUGAAAUGCGUCGAGUCCACCGCGGAAAGGACCGUCGAUGAUAAUAACGAUGAAGACGAGGAGAUCCCGUCCUCUCAGACGAAAUCGCGAACCAGCGUGGAAUUGAUAUUCGAAGGCGCGAACAAUCACCGAGCCGCCAGCGAUGGCGAUGGUAAAUCGAAGCCGCAGGUGGUGCAGAUUGACGACGACGGCGAGAAGAUACUGGACUCGUCGGUCGAGAUGGCGUACGAUCGUUCGAAGGGCACGAGGACCCCGAAACCGGAGGUCGUCCAGAUCGACGACUCACACGAGAAGAUUGUUCUGGACCUAUUGGGGAAGAGCGCCGAGAUUCAGGUAACGGACAAGAGCAGCUACGAGAGCAAAAGUAGCAGCCACGAUAACAGCUACAGAUCCAUGGAGAGCAUGAAGGAGUCGUCCCUGGACUCGAAACUGACGGGCAAGCGACUGGUAAACGGCAGUUCCGAUUUCAAGAAGAGCGACGCCGACGCCACCCUCAGCGUGGAAUCUGACGCUUCCUCCGUGAGCGACGAGAUCACCGUCGCGAAUGACGUGAAAAAGACAGAUGACACGAAGGUUAACUUCAUGGACAACAUCGAUUUCAUCAGCAUAAGUGAUCAUGAGACGUCCACCGUAGAGGAGAAAAGCAAAUCCGAUCUUUCUGCGCCGAUUAAGACCAUGCAGGUGGAGCGGGAGGUUAGUGUGUACCUGAAAUUAAAGUGUCUGUUGCACGUGGAUGAGAACACAAAGGAGCCCGUGAGCAAGGAGUUGACCGCGGUGCAUUGCGAGCCCGUGAUAAUUGAGCCCAGACAGAAGGGUGAGGAUAGCUCGCUCGACAUCUCCGACAAGAUCGAUUCGUCGCCUGGUUCUGUGAACAGCAAUCCUCAGCUGUACACGCUGAAUCCGUGCCGAUUAUCUAUUCUGUCAUCGAUCAGCUCAUCCAGCUCGGCGUCCAGCGCGGCCUCUUUGCAAGCGAAGAUAGCCCGUAACUCGCACUUCUUUUCGAUACCAUUGGGUCCGGCAAAGCACGCGAAGAAAUCCUCCCAGGACACUCUGCCGGAUAGGCAGAUGUUGAACGAUACGUACGAUCAAUUGACGCGCGAGUGGAAAAACCACCAUCUGCUGACGGAGACGAUUCUAAAUUAUACAAACACAGAGCUAAGCGGUAUCACCACCGGUAUUGCCGCUGCUACAGCUUCAGUUGUGGUCGACAUGGAGAAUAUGAACAAUGAGCGACUGGAUGAUCCUCAUCCUCAUCAUCACUUGACCGUUAAGAGCAACAAUAUGCGUUCGUCAACACCGUCGGAACAACCUGCGACGACUUCGAAGGUGGAACCAGUGACCACCACGCCGAAAAGCACGAAGAAGGGCAAAGCUGUAAAGAGGCCGAGGAGCAAACUGGCAAAGUCAAACGCCAACAUCAAUGCGCAAAUCAACCGAGAGGAUGGCGACAAAAUCUCGGACAAGCCGCACGCAUCGGAGUCGGACACACCGUCGAGAGCGAAGAAGAGCAAGACGGUGGAGCAAGACGACACGUUGAACAAAAGCGACGGCAAUCUCGAGCAAUCUCACUCGAAUUCGAUGCUAAAUGACGUGCUGAUCGGCUGCAACGUAUUCGCCAAGUGGUCGGACAACAAUUACUAUCCAGGCAUGGUGAGCAAUCGGCUGAAGGACAAGUACAAAGUGAACUUCUACGACGGCAAGAGCAAGGUGCUCAUACCCGAGUUCGUGAUACCGAUACCAAAGACGUUGCGGGAGGGCCUGUCCGUCUACGCGACCACGAAGACCAACGAUUAUAGUUUUCCCAGUAUUAUAGUCGACGUUCAAACAACGUCGGGCGGUGACACGUACUAUACGGUAGAGACCGAUGAGGGCGAGCGAUUGCGCGUGCAACUGCCAAACAUAUCCCUGACUGCCGAUCAAGCGCAGGUGCUCAAGGAGGAAGUGGAAGAUUCCACAGGCAAGAGCUCUCUGCCGAGCACUCCGAAGGCGCUCGCCCAGGUGACCCUGGACAACAUGGUCGAUGGCAAGCGACGUUCCAAGAGACUCGGCGCGCCGCUCUUUUCGACCCCCAAGUCCGCUACCAAGAACAUCGCGUCGACCAGCAUAUAUAAGGCCAGUAAGUCGGAGCCUUCGGUGUCCGGCAUCUCUUCCACCAAGGCGACGGUUGGAUCGGAGAACGAGGAGGGUAUCUCGAGCGAUUCGAACAUCGAGUCGAUUCAGCCGUUGGUUCAGGACAAAUACGCUAUAAACGGCACACAGAGAGAGAUAAUCGGCUCGCCGUAUGAACAGAUCAUGAAGGGAGGGCCGUUGAGCAAAAUCAAGAGCAAGCCACGCAGCAAGAAGAAGAAGGUGGAGGACCCACAAAUAAUUGAGACCCUCGGCCCGAUCCCGAACUCCCAAAUCUUUAAGGGCAUGUCAUUCAUUUUUACUUGCGCAUCCUUAGAGACACUGGACAGGCAUGUGGACAUGAAGAGUGCUAAGUCGAGCGCGGAGGAGACCGCCACCGAGACAGAUACCGAAAAUGAAAAUGAGUGGGUAGAUCGUCCUUUCGUGCGCGACAGGUUGCACACGCAGAUUACAGAGGGUGGCGGGAAGAUCUACUUAAUGGGAAUGGAUCUUGACAUUCUAAAGGAGUUUGCACAGAUACCGAAGGAUGAAUAUAAAAACACGACACUCAUCGCAAAUGUCCCAAACACCACGCCGAAGUACUUAUUGUGUUUGUCGGUCGGCAUUCGCAUAUGCAGUCACAAGUGGAUCAUCAAAUGUUGCGAAGAGAACAAGAUUCUGAAUGCGCGGGAUUAUGCUCUUCCCAAUGGCUGGAGUUUACUGAAAAAAACUUACAUUGAAGCGUUCCAGAUGGGUGCGAAAAAAUCGCUGUCAGAAGUCGUUGUAAUAAUUCCCAGUGUAGCAUUCGAAGAACAAUAUGUCACAUUCUGGCGACAAGUCUGCGAGAACGCGGGCGCGGUUGUUUUAAUCGCGGAGCACUCAGGAACAAUAGAUUUUAAUAAUGGUAAUGUAGUGGUCGUGUCUAAUCGGGAAUGCCCGGUGUGGGCAUUGAAGGGCGCGGCUCGGCUACAAAUUCCAGUACUAUCGACCACGUGGGUAGUUCAAUGUAUAAUUGAGGGCAGGCUCUGUCCAAAGGACCAUCCGCGUUACAAAUACAAUUAUUAGAAAGCUGGGUUUUUUGUUAAUUAGAAACCCAUUGUUUUUAUAAUCGUGAGUAUGUCGUCUACGAUGAAUGUAGCUAGAAUAUAUUUUUUCUUUUGCUUUCCAACUCUUCCCCGUUUUUGUUUUUCCAAAUCUUUUUAACUUCCACAAUCGCGCGCUUUGCAUGAGACGGAAAAAUGAUUUUAAUCAUGAGUCUUGAUAUUUUUUAUUUCAUCAUUUUUUAAUAUCAUUUUACUGUCUAUUAAAGCGUUUUUAAUACGCUAGCAUUAUAUGACAUAUCUCGUUUCUAUCAUUUUCUACAGACAAAAAAUUCUUCCCUUUUUUAUCCUUCUCUUUUUACGUUUGUACAUUCGAUUUAUUACUGAUUAUUAAUAUCACGCAUUUUAAUGUGGUGAUUCAUCUUCGCGCAAUUAGUACAUGUAAGCGAUAUUCUCGUUCUGCAAAUUUUCAAUUUAAAACAAUGAUCUUGAUAUUUGUUUUACAUAAUUCUUUCACGCGAGAAAAGUGCGUAGCGAUUUAUAUUUUUAUAAGAUUUUGUAUAAAAUGGAUAGUGUACAAAUACUGUACAUUAUAUGCAUGAAUGUGAAUCAUUAUUAUGUGUAAAACGAUAUCGCCAAUUGAUUCAUUGUUCUCUUUUGCGAUGAUUUGAUCAUGAUCACGCUCAUCAGAAACGCAGAAUUAAUUCCAGUAAACGCGGCCGAAGAAACGAUAGAAUGUCAUAUCAGUAAAUAAAAUCUUUACUUUCCAUCGAUUUUUUAUCAACGGGCAUCCACUGUCUACUGUAAUCGACUAUCAAAUCUAUGAUCGAUAUUGGGGUUCCUGUCUUCUCAUCAUGUGGAAUUAUAUUAGUAGCCAGAAACAACGUGAUUUUUUUCUUUGCAAUGUAGAUCAUAAAUUAGUUUAGUAGUAAAGAUAAGGUUCACGCGGGUCUCAGUUUCUGAUCUCUCAUAAUUCAUCACGUGCAGUAGGAGAGGAAGCAGGAACCUUAAGGGCCAUUCUACAAUAGUCGCAAGUCGUCAGUUGCUUUCUAUGACAAUCAGUGAUCAUCGAGCUCUAUACGUAAAGUUCAAUGUUCAUUGGCGGUUACAAAAGGCGACUUGCGACUAUUGUAGAAUGACCCUAAGAGAAUAUUUUUAUGAAAGACAAAAUAUCUUUUGAUGAACGACAACACGAUUGAUUAACAUUAAUACAAUAUGCAAAACUCCAAAUUUUUAUUAAAUUACCGAGUAGAUGUAUGCUUUUAUACGCGCAAUGUAUAUAAGUAAAUAUACUAUACAAAUUUUAUAUUAUAAUAUGUAUAUAAAGAGUAUGUUAUAGCUAUAUUAUGUACAAUCAUGUCCAGAAAUAAAAUAUAGUGAUAUUUUGA